AUGUCUAACCUUCCAACCACAUUCGACAAACCCGUCCACAUCGCCGUCAUCGGUGGCACAGGACUCGGACAGCUCGAAGGCUAUGAACCCAUCGCCGUCGUCAACCCCAUCACCCCCUGGGGUCCUCCUGCUUCGCCCAUCAAAAUCCUCUCUCACAACGGCACCAAUAUUGCGUUCCUCGCCCGCCAUGGACUGCAUCACCAAUUUGCGCCGCACGAGGUCCCCAACCGAGCCAACAUUGCUUCCCUGAGGCAUAUUGGUGUGCGAUGCGUCAUUGCCUUUUCGGCUGUCGGUUCGUUGCAGGAGGAGAUCAAACCAAUGGACUUCGUCGUCCCGGAUCAGGUCAUCGAUCGUACAAAGGGUAUUCGCCCCUUCACUUUCUUCGAGGGCGGCGUGGUUGGCCACGUUGGCUUCGCUGAUCCCUUUGAUGCGGGAUUGGCCGCUGUUGUCAAGCGCUGUGCCGAGAGCAUGGAGGGUGAUGGCGUGGUUUUGCACGAGAAGGGUACCGUCAUUGUCAUGGAGGGCCCCCAAUUCUCUACCCGAGCCGAAUCUCACAUGUACCGAUCGUGGGGCGGGUCCGUCAUCAACAUGUCCACGCUCCCCGAGGCAAAGUUAGCCAGGGAAGCCGAGCUCUCAUACCAGGUCAUUGCCAUGGCCACCGAUUACGACUGCUGGCAUUCGUUUGAGGACGUCAAUGUCGACAUGGUCAUCAAAUGCAUGCAUCAAAAUGGCAAGAAUGCUAAGCGUUUGGUUGGUGCUGUCCUGGACCAGCUCAGCAACAUUGAACAUAGCGACUUGGUCAUGGCGAAGCAGUGGGAAGGCUACGCACAAGGCGGCCUUAAAUUCAUGACCAAACCGGAAGGGAGAGAUUCCGAAGCUAUGAAGAAAGUAGAGUAUCUCUUCCCUGGCGUUUGGGAGUCAUAG